AAAGAGUAAACAUUCUUCCAACAUGUUACAUUACAACUUGUAUUAAAAUAUCACCAAUUAUUAGCAACCUUUAAGAAUUUAUAGGUAUCUGUCACUCUAGUAAACAGAUAAAACGUAUCUUAACAUCAGAUUGUUAGUAAUCCGACCUUAGAAAAUGUAUAGUUAAGCACAUAACUACUCGAUACUUGAAUUGGUGAGCGGUAAUGAAAUGUCCGAUGGAAUCGAGGUGUGCAAACUGGUCCCAUAGGUUAAAAGGAUUUUGGGACAGAGAGAUUCAAAGGAGAAGAGCAAAUUCCCCAUGUAAUAUAUGCUUUUGUCUCUUUGCAAAUGUCUUGGAAUCCUCCACUGGACCACUCCUAUUAGUAUGACCAGCUCGAUUUCGACCCCACCAACCCUAAAUAAUCAUUCUCUAUUCCCUAACGAGUCUCGUUUAACAUAAGGUAUAAUAGUUUCAGGAUACAAUGCAUGCCAAACGACAGCUAAAUUUGUUAUAAAUGUGAGCUGAACCUUUACCAUAGUCAAUCAAUUCGUUUUUCGCUUUCUUAUACCCAAUAUAACACUUUCUCCAUCUCCAAAAGUGAAACUCAGACUAGAAAACUGAACAAAAUUCACCUUCUCGACCAAGACUACCUGUAAACAGGUUAACUGACACCGUACAAUCUGAAAUUUCUGCCUAAUAUAAUUCAGAUUUGGUUUUCCAACUUCUUGCACAGUUUUCACUAUAUUUUUCUCUCUCAGCUUUCUUGUUUGACCCACCUAUCCAACCUUCAUAUAUGGACCCUUCUUCCUUCUUCCAUCCUACUAUAUAAACCCUACACACCAUUUAAAUCCAUAUUAUCAAACAGUUUCCGGUGGAGAGCUAAGGAAGAAGAGAGCUAUACUGCACAUGGCAUCCAUUUGGGUCUUGUUAUCCCCAUGGAUACCAUAUUUCUUCUCUUUCAUAGCUUUUCUACUUCUUCUUGAACAGAUGUCUUACAUCAAGAAGAAGCGUUUUCUUCCUGGCCCAACUCUUGUAUUCCCCUUUCUUGGCAACGUAAUUCCCUUAGUCACAAAUCCAACUAAAUUCUGGGACCUUCAAUCAGCUUUAGCUAAGUCUACCGGACAUGGGUUCUCAGUUAACUAUAUAAUCGGUAAGUUCAUUCUUUAUAUCCACUCAACUGACCUCUCCCAUAAGGUCUUUGCCAAUGUCCGCCCCGACGCUUUCCAUCUUAUCGGUCACCCUUUUGGGAAAAAGCUAUUCGGCGAGCAUAACUUGAUUUACAUGUUUGGCCAAGAACAUAAAGACCUUCGCCGACGAAUUGCCCCAAAUUUUACUCCUAAAGCUCUUGGAACUUACACUGAUAUCCAACAGAGGAUUAUUAUCAAAUACUUAAAGUCCUGGUUAGAUGAAGCAUCCAAAUCCCCUAACACCCCAAUCCCGCUUCGCCUACUUUGCCGGGAUAUGAACUUAGAUACUUCCCAGACUGUGUUCGUUGGUCCAUAUUUGGAUGGAGAAUCCAGAAAGAGAUUCAAUGUUGAUUACAAUUACUUCAAUGUUGGGUUAAUGAAACUCCCUGUAGAUUUACCGGGUUUUGCCUUCAGAAAUGCUAGAUUAGCAGUUGGGAGAUUAAUCGACGCCCUUUCUGUUUGCGUGGAACAGAGCUUAAACAAGAUGAAAAACGAAGAAGAACCCACAUGCUUGAUUGAUUUCUGGAUGCAGGAAAAUUUAAGAGAGAUUAACGAAGCUAAGAACAAUGGAUUACAAAAGCCAUUCCAGUACACUAACAAGGAACUUGGAGGUUACCUGUUCGACUUCCUCUUUGCUGCUCAAGAUGCUUCUACUUCUGCUCUGUUAUGGGCAAUCGUGCUUUUAGAUUCUCACCCACAAGUUCUGGAGAAAGUUCGGUCGGAGGUAGCGAAAUUCUGGUCGCCAGAAUCUGAGGAGCCGCUGACGGUGGAGAUGCUCAGGGAAAUGAAGUACCUGGAAGCGGUGGCGCGUGAGAUAAUCAGAAUCAGAGCUCCGGCAACUAUGGUGCCACAUAUUGCCGGCGAAGAAUUCCGGUUAACCGAAGAUUACGUUAUCCCAAAAGGAACAAUUGUGUUCCCUUCGGUUUUUGACUCAUCAUUUCAGGGUUUUCCUGAACCGGAGAAAUUUGACCCGGACCGGUUCAUGGAGGAGAGACAAGAGGAACGGGUUUACAAAAAGAACUUUCUAGCAUUCGGAGCUGGGCCCCAUGCAUGUGUGGGCCAGAAGUAUGCUAUUAACCACUUGAUGCUUUUCAUUGCUAUGUUUACGGCUCUGAUUGAUUUCAAGAGACACAAAACCGACGGCUGUGAUGAUAUCUCGUAUAUUCCAACCAUCGCUCCAAAGGAUGAUUGCAAAGUGUUCCUUGCACAUAGGUGCACUCGAUGAUUGCCCAUUUUUUAAAAAAUUAAUCAAUUUGGUCCCAUUUUAAUUUUUUUUCCCUUCUUUUAUUUUUUUAAAUUUUAGUGUGUACAUGCAACUUGAUCAAAUGAUUCAAGAUUCUUUUAAAAUGCAAUUGAUGGAGUGACAAAUAUUUGGGAUUGUGUGGAAGAUUUUUUAAUAAAAGAAAUUCCUUUUG